AUGGAAGGAUAUAAGAAAGUAGGAAAUAGAGAGGAUGCGCCGCCGAAACAUGAAAUGGUGUAUUUCCCCGGUUUGAUGAGUGAGAAGCGGAGUUUUGGGGAUUUUAGAACGGUGUUGCAUACGGGGCUUUACAGCCAGAUCGUCGCCAUGGAAGUUCCAGUGAACGGCGAAAUAGGUGAUGAAGUACACCUGGUCGAUCAAAUCCUACUAUUCACAUCUGGGCGGGGACUAGCGACCGUGGCGGGAAAAGAGCAAGAGGUAGCAGCGGGAGAUGUGGUUGUUGUGCCUGCGGGGACACAGCAUCAGUUUGUGACGCGGGGGGAGCAGCCGCUAGAGCUGAUUACAGUGUAUUCACCUGCAGAGCAUUUGCCGAGUAGUGUACAUAAGAAUAAGGAGGAGGGGGAUAAAGCGGAGGAGGAUGGGGUAGAUGAGGCGCCUGGGUGGGCGUUGAGGGGGAAGGAGGAGAAUGAGAAGGAGGGUUUGGUUAGGGAGAGUGGGAAGUAUUAG